UUCUCUGAUUCGCGCUCCACACACACUCACUCACACACAUAUACUCCGAGUCCACCGCGCUGGAGUUGCCGUUGGAGGCUGGAGGAAACCGGAGGCGCGUUCAAAUGGGUUUGAUACAGAUGAUCUUACUGGUUUUGCACUCACGACACCCGCAAAAUCAACCGCAAAACUAACUCGUCUGAGAUGUGGCUCAAAUGUGACGUCUCUGCGUUUGUGCGCACCUGACCUUUCCUAAACUGUACAAGUUAAAUACUUUGCCUCGGCGCGCAGUCCGGAGCGUCAUGCCCUCGGAUUCAAGGCGCGCUCCAUCAUGCUGAGCCGCUCGGCCGCUCUCGUGCUCACUCUGAGCGCCGUGGCGGGUCUCGCACCGCGCUCGGGUGCCUGGAGCGAUGACAAGCUCGUGGCAGCGCCCAUCAACUCCACCAGCGGCUUUCUGGCCAGCUUGGAGGUGGGCUACUCGAAGAGAUCUGUGGCAGCAAGCGAGGAUGACGAUGCGUCGUCCAGGUGCAACGUGAGCGUGGAGAGGCUGCCGGCCAAGUUAGUGGCGCGCUGGGAUGGAGACCUGGGCUUGCGCUGCGACGUGCUCGUCUACACCACCAACAGCCACGGAAAGGCGUUUUUCUCAGCCGCCUUCAACCGCGCCGCGUCCCCCGUUUUCAUCGAGCACGUGGGCGUCGCGGGCGCGCAGCAGGAGUUCAGGCUGUGCAUCGGAUGCGGUCUUUCCCGAUUCAGGCGCUUCGGCCGAUCCAGACCGGACACGGCGGACAGCGUGCACUUCUGUUGCCUUGACUUCGCCUUGGAUGAACUCAAAGGGGACCGGAGCUGGAGGCUGAAUCGUAAACCUAUUGAAUCCACGCUCGUCGCCUGCUUCAUGACUCUGGUCAUAAUCAUAUGGAGCGUGGCUGCCCUCAUAUGGCCGGUGCCCAUCAUCGCGGGCUUCCUGCCCAACGGAAUGGAGCAACGGAGACCCAGAUGAACCAUUUUCUAAAGAAACCUACAGGCUUACUUACUUCACCGUGCGCCAAUGUAGUUAACUGGCAUAUAGGAUAUUUUGUCAGACAGUAACAUUAUGAUGUUUAAAAGUAAAAACGUCAUUUUAAAAUCUGUAAAAUGUGCAUAUUAGACUGAAUGUGGUUUUAUAAAUCUAUGAAUAGAGAAUAGGCCGAAGUAUUAGCCUAUGUUUUAUUUAGCUGUCUCUUAAAAUGUUUGUAUUGUUUUUAUCCUAUACGUUCUUUAUAUUAUUAAGAACAAGGCUGUAGAAACGUUUCCGGUAUUUGUUAUGGGGAUUUUUUUAGAAACAUUGUCCUCAUUGGCUUAACUGUAUUUAUAUUUGUACGAG